ACUCACUUCGCAGAGCUCAAGUGAGUUCCAAGACACUUGGCUGAAGUUCACAUUGAUGCUCUUUUGAUUGCGCAAGCCAGGCUCGCUAGUUUAUUUGGAAGUGUACGUAAUGUCGGCAGGCACCAGGUCUGGGAAAGUUUUAAGAAAGAACACAACAGCAGCGAAGGACGACAAAAUGCUCCCCUCCGCCUCCGCUCAAACAUGUGACAUCAACUUUGACAGUGGUGAUGACUCCACAGAUACCCCCCAUGUCUCUGAACCGAAGAAAGGUGACCGGUCACCAACGGUGAAGAAUCUCCUCCAAAAGGCCAAGAUGAGAGAGCGGUCUCAAGAUAAGAAACUCCAGAAAGUGAUAAAGGAGAGGGAUGCUCUUCGCAAACAACUGGCAUACCUGUCUAAAGCUCCCAGAGAAGAACAAUCUUCAGAGGAAGACACUGCCUCCUGCUCAUCAUUGUCUUCAAUGAGCCGGUCCUCCUCCUGUUCUUCCUCCUCCUCCUCAGAUGAGAAGAUGAAACGAAAGGGCAAGGGAAAACUCAGACUUUCAAAGACAAAGCACAAAAUAAAGAAGGCCAGGAAGCACCACAAAGUGACUGAUGUCCGCAAAAGAGAUAAAACUCCAGUAAAACGUUGA